CCCAAAACGCCGCGUUGACGUGACCGGGAGGUGUGGUGACAGCGGCGGGAGAAAGGUGAGCGGAGGCCGGUCUGUAAAUGGAGGGUGGUCGGUCCUGAGAGCCCCUGCGGUUGGCUCGGCGCGGGUCACCCGUAUGCAACGCUUGGAAGAGAGUGUUCAUUGGUGAGACUCUGAAGCUGUGAACAUGGAAAUACUAGGGGCAGAAGAUGAUAUUUCUAUUUUGAAUCAUGAAGAAGCAAGUCCUGAAGCAACACCUUUCAGGUAUAGUCCUAUUGUGGGUUCUUCAGGCGAUGAAUCUGUUGGUUCCCACUUUGCACUUGUCACAGCCUAUGAAGAUAUAAAAAAACGAUUAAAGCAAACGGAGACUGAAAAUUCUUUCUUGAAGAAAAAAGCUCGGAUGCUGGAAGAAAGGCUUCUUAAUGCUUCUCUUGACAAUGAGAGAAGUUCCUUUGAACAAGAGGGAGUGAAUAAAGCUUACCAGGCUUAUCGGGAAGUCUGUAUCGAAAGGGACAAGAUGAGACAGAGACUGGAGAGAAUGGUCAAGGAACAGAUGGAUUCUGUCCGAAUUCUGAAUGAAGUGCUACAGGCUAAAGAAGUAGAAAUUCUUCAGCUAAGAAGUGAAGUUGAAACUCGUGAAGUGAUGGAUGAUCUGAACAAAACCCAUAAUUCCUGGGAGUUAGACAAAUCAAGUAAUGAAAUAAAAGUGCAUACCUUGAACCAACAACUGGAAAUUCUUAAACAAGAGUGCGCUUUCCUAAGAGAAGAGCUACAAAAUUAUAAACUGAAGGACCUCAGCCUGGAUGCAUGCAGGUCUAAAAGAGAGGGUCUGAACGAUGAAGAAACAGUGAGAGAAGUUAGUCUGCAGAAACCAUACCAGGAUCUGAAGAGAGAAAUGUCUAACUUACACUUGGUGACAAAAACGCAAGCUGAGCUUCUGCGAAAACUGUUAGCCACACACGGCUCAACAAAGAAUGUUCAAAGCCAAGAAGAUUUGUUACGUGACUGUGGCAAACUGGAGCUCAGUUCUUCGGGGGCAACAUAUCAAGUGCUACGUCCUUCAUCAGCGGGUGCUGGUGUGAAAAUUUCCAAAUUAACUACCACUGAUUGUUUCCAGCAAGAUACAGCAACUUAUUGUGACCAAGAGUUCCUUUUACCAUGGGCAAAUUCACGACCCACUCCUGUCGGCAGUGCUGCCUUCGAAGAAAAUGUUUCUUGUGGAAAGGGCACAAUUGAUGAUAACUCUUGGGUAUUUCCAAACCAACCAGUGGACAGUCCAAGCGAUGCUGCUUUCUGGAAAACUGGAAAUAAUUCUGGCUCUUCAACUGUGAAAGUUCCCGUUGUGAAUAUUCGUGAUCCAUUUUUGUUCCAGAGCUGAGCUGUGUAAAUUGUGAACAUUCAGCUAGAUGGUAAAAUAUUUGUAAAGUAUUUUUAAAAAGCUGAUUUAAAGGGGAUUGGAUUAGCUGGUGAUAAAAGCUUUUAAUUUAUAUCUGAAUUCAGGAAGUAAGCAUGGAUGUUGCAGAAUGCACCAAGCUUCAAGAAUAUACAGCGAGUAAUCCAUUUGUAUAUCAAACAAAUAUCAUUGAAAUAAGUGUUUAUAUUCUGAAGCUUUAAUCUUCACUUGGGCACGUCUGUGAAUAUGGAAAAUGUAGCUGAAAUUCUCAAACUUGGCCUUAAGUAGUAAAGUUCAAAUAUAUAUCAUGUAAUAAACUCAAAUCUCACCUCUUAUUUACUAAGCUGUGUUUGAAGACAUAUAAAUGAAACACAUUCUCAUUGAAAAUAAAUACUAUUCUGUGACUAAAAACAUUUUAGUUGAUCAUUCUGCACUGAAUUUAUAUUAGUUUAAUUUUGACUUCUCUAGAAGUGCCUCCAUGCUUUUGUAUAUAUGAUUUCUAGAAGAUGCCUCUCCUAACCUCAGUGCCAAACUUGCCCCAAACAUCACAAAUAGUUGCUUUAAAAAUAAAAUCAAGCAUCUACUGUAGAUUUCUCUAAAAAUUGUAUAACUUGUGUUUUCAUUGAGUACAUAAACAAUGGAAAAUUGUUCUGUAGCCUGUUGGCUUUUCCUGUAUAAUUCCUUCUCUCUUAUAACUUUUGCUUGGAAAGAGAAUGAUUUGCUCCCAUUGACCCUAAAAUAUAAGAGCAGAAAUUGCUAAUGCUGUUCUUCAGGUUCUCAGGUGAUUGAGGAGCCUGGUUUUGGAUCUGUUGAUUUUGCCAAAGUGGUUGGUUAUGGGGGAUGGGGGGAGCAGGAAGAGAAGGUGCUCGAUGGGAUUUAUAGCUGGUCAUGUGGGAGGUAGUAUACUUCCUCCUUUCCAACAGCCUUCUCUGUACUCGCAGUGCAUGGACGGGAUUAUUAGCACCAUCACAAAUGUUCCAUCUCCACUUUAAACAGACGGGGAUUCCCCGCAGUCAGUUUUUGAGAACUUUUAAAAUAUUCUUAUUGAGAUACAGCAUGGAAUAGGCCCUUCCAGCCCAUUGAGCCACGCCGCCCAGAAAUCCCUCUGUUUUAAUCCUCGCCUAAUCGCAGGACGAUUUACAAUGACCAAUUAACCUACCAACUGGUAGAUCUUUGGAUUGUGGGAAGAAACCACAGCACCACAUGGUCACAGGGAGAAUGUAGAAAUUCCUUGCGGGCAGUGGUAGGAAUUGAACCCGGGUCUCUGGUACGCUAAAACUUUGUGUUAACCACUACGCCACAGUGCAGGCGUACCUUGAACCUUUUCCUUGGUCACUUAGGAAUUUCUUCCUAUUGUUUGUGUUGAAGAGCCUGGUAAAAGGUGCAAUUGAAUUGCAUUGCUAUCUUAAAACUGCAAUAAGUAUUUGUUUCCUGCUGAUUUUCAUGACAUAUUAAAAAAAAACAAAAAUAAAUUGUUUUAAAAAAAAAACAAAAGAAGGUGAGGGAAGGGGAAGGAGUACAAGCUGAAAGGGGAUAGUGAGAUCAAGUGAGGGGGAAGGUGGGUGGCGGGAGAGGGUGGGAUAGAUAGAGGGGGUAAACCGCUAAAGAAGAAAGAAUCUGAUAGAAUCAGAAUUAAAAUCUGGUUUAUUACCACUGACAUAUAUAGUACUGUGUAAAAGUCUUGCGCACCUAUAUAUAGCUAGGAUGCCUAAGACUUUAGCAUAGCACUAUAGUAAUUUGAUGUAUUGCACCGUACUGCUGCCAGGAAAAAAUACAAAUUUCAUGACAAGUGAGUGAUGAUGAAUCUGAUUCUGAUGGGGGUCUCUAUUGUGGACUGAUGAUGGGAAGGGGGCAGAGAGAGGGGAAUCAUGGUUUAGAAAGGGGGGAGAGAGGGAAGUACUGGAGAGACAUUCUGUAAUGAUCAGUAAACCCAAUGUUUGGAAUCAAAUGACCUUGUCUCGGGUUUCAGGGCUGGAUGUGUCUGCCCCUGUGGCACUCCUCUGCCAUCAGUCCCACACCCCUCCCUCACCAUACCCAACAGCCUUAGCUGCCGCCAGAUUUACAAACGCACUGUCUGUUUCACAUUGACAAAUACAGUACUGUGCAAAAGGCUUAGGCAGCCUAGCCGUGUAUAUGUGCCUAAGACUUGCACAGUACUGUAUGUCGUGAAAUUUGUUGUUUUAUGGCAGCUGUACAGUUCAAUACACAAAAAAACUAUAAAUUACAGUAAGAAAUAUAAAAAGUAAGUGGUGCAAAAAGAAAAAUAGUGACAUAAUGUUCAUGGACUCUUCAGAAAUGUAAGGACAUCAUCAGAAAUCUGAAAACGUUCCUAGACAUCUCUGACCAGGCCACGUUUCCACUUCCCAAUAAUUCAGAUAUAACUGCCAAGUCUCAUUGAAAAUUGUUCCUCAUUUUAAGGUUAACGUUCUCCUCCACUUCGAUUUCUUUUGAAUUUUAAUAGUGACUUGGCAUAUUUUGUAAUUACCAUUUUUUGCCCAUUUAUUGAGCUCUAUUGCAAUCAUUAGCACCAGCUUAGUACUAUUUACCUUUCAUUAUGCACAAUCUGAGUAAUUAGUGGGAGCAUAAAAUGGCGCUGAAGUAAAAUUGAAGUUUAGUUACGAUCUAAAAUAUUUCCUCAUGUCAGGUGGUAUGGAUAAUCCCUGCUGAUCACUAUUAAAACAUACUUUGCUAUUUAUGUUUGCAUUGUAGAACAUAGUUGUAUAUGUAUUGUAUAUUGAUUAAAUAAAUGUAUGUUGACUAAAUAUUUUAAACCCAUGUAAUUUAAUGAGGAAAAAUUACUCCCAUUUUCCUGGCUUGUGUCUUUUGUGUAUGUGACAUUGGUGUGGCCUGUAAAUAUACUUUGCUGAUUAAACUCUUUACUUGA